AUGGAAUCCCGCAAAUUGGCAGCUUUACUUUCUUCUCUCAUCUCUCAGCUUCUCCUUCUCAUCCUCCUCCUUUUCCCUUCCUUUUCUUCUGCUCCUUCUUCUUCCUCAGAUUCCAAUCCCCCCUUCAAUGCCUUCCCUCUCGUCCAAUACUUUCUUUUGUCCCAAGAGAUCGCCGCUUCUCUCUCCUUCUCCAAGAACAGGAAACGCAAGCGGGUCGACCCAGAAUCUGACCCGAUUGAUGAGCACCCGCCGGGUGGGAUUGGAAUUGGGGACGUGGUUCGGAGCCCUGACUCGUUCAGGAGCUGUUUCAGAAUGACGGCGUCUACCUUUGAAUGGCUCUCUGGUUUGCUGGACCCAUUGCUGGAGUGUCGCGACCCCGUAGAGUUGUUCCCUCUGAAUCUCUCAUCCGGUGUUCGGCUUGGAAUCGGCUUGUUUCGGCUCGCAAACGGUUCCGAUUACGCUGAAAUUUCGAGCCGAUUCGGGGUUUCCGUGUCGGUAGCGAGGUUUUGCGUGAAGCAGUUGUGCAGGGUUUUGUGUACCAAUUUCCGAUUCUGGAUUGCGUUUCCGAACUCGCACGAGAUUGAAACUGUAUCUCGAGGUUUUGAAGACAUCUCUGGGUUGCCCAAUUGCUGUGGCGUGAUCGACUGUGCAAGGUUUAACGUAGUCAGUUCUGAAACAUCGUGUGAAGAUAAAAUAGCGGCACAGAUAGUGGUCGAUUCCUCGAGUCGGAUUCUGAGCAUUAUCGCUGGGUUUCGUGGCCAUAAGAGCAAUUCAAGAAUCAUCAGGUCGUCCACUUUUUACAGAGAUAUUGAAGAAGGGAAGCUUUUGAACUCGCCAGCCAUUGACAUAGACGGAGUGGCUAUAAAUCAGUAUUUGAUAGGAGAUUCCAGUUUUCCUUUUCUCCCAUGGUUGAUGAUUCCUUUUGCUGAAUCUCUACCUGGUUCAUAUGAAGAGAAUUUCAAUUCUGCUCAUAAGCUUAUGCGCAUUUCGGCUCUUAGAACUAUUGAUAGUUUGAAGAACUGGGGCAUUCUGAGCCGACCUAUAAAAGAAGAACUGAAGAUGGCAGUGGCUUAUAUUGGUGCUUGUUCUAUACUGCAUAAUAGCUUGUUAAUGAGGGAGGAUUUUUCUGCACUUUCCGGUGGGCAAGACUACCAAUUUCAGAAUCUGAGUAUUAAAGAUUCUAGAUCGGAGGAAAAUUCAAAUACUAUGAAUGCUUGGAUUGUAAGAAGUGCAUUGGCUACAAGAGCCAAGAAAAGCAAUGGUUCAAGUACAUAA